CCACAUCUUUAUCGCCACAUCUACAGGACUUGAGUCAGGCUCUGCUGCUGCACCGAGUCAAGUCCUCCGCGUGUCUUUCAUUCAUACGGGGACCACUGAGACACCACAUCUCCGCUGCGAUGCCAGGGAGCUGAGGCAAAUACGUGACUCAAGCCGCCGAGAUGAGCGACACAGCCGAAAUAACAACCACCGGGCCCGUAACCCGCAGGAGAAGGACGACCGUAGCGGGCAAUGGCAAGCAGGCGAACGGGGGUAAGUGGCACGAAGCCGGGGACAAGCCUCCGCAGAGAGCCGCCAAAGGGAAGAUGGAGCAGGUGUCAAAAAGGACGAAUCAAAACAACGCGAAACUGGACAGGGACAUGGAGACAAGAGGACAACAGCAUCAGCAGUUCUCAGACAGCACCAAGAAAGAGAAAAGUGAGGUGGAAGAAAUCGAUGAAAAACUCAGUUGUCACACGCUGCAGGAGUCUCUGUUGAGCUCAGCCAGUGGCUACAGUAACUACAGGGGAAUCCUAAACUGGUGUGUUGUUAUGUUGGUGCUGAGUAAUGCACGGCUGUUUUUGGAGAACAUCAUUAAAUAUGGGAUCCUGGUCGACCCGAUUCAAGUGGUGUCGCUGUUCUUGAAGGACCCUUAUAGUUGGCCGUCAGCAUGCCUCAUUAUAGUGUCCAAUGUGUUUAUUUUGGCGACCUUGUACAUUGAGAGGCGUUUGGCUGUGGGCACAAUUUCAGAAAUCACAGGACGAAUACUGCACAUGUUUAACCUGACAGCUAUUUUGGUGUUUCCAGCAACAACAGUCUUGAGUCUCACCUCUAUAACUCCAGUGGGUGGAGUGCUGGCCCUCGGCAUCUACACUAUUCUCUUCCUAAAGCUGUACUCAUACCAGGACACAAACAGAUGGAAUAGAGAGAGCAGACUGGCCAAUGCCAAAAGACUCAGAAGGUCUCAUUCAUGUCCUUCUGUGGCCCAGUCCAAUGGUUCUGCUGUGCACAGUACAGUCUCCUAUCCUGGAAAUCUCACACAUAGAGAUAUGUAUUAUUUUGUAUUUGUCCCGACUCUUUGCUAUCAGCUCAACUUCCCACGAUCACCACGGAUACGGAAAAGAUUUCUCUUGAGGAGACUUUUUGAAAUGCUAUUUCUUAUGCAGCUUUUGGUGGGAUUAAUACAGCAAUGGAUGGUUCCAACUGUACAAAAUUCUAUGAAACCAUUUAAGGAAAUGGACUUUUCUCGAAUUGUGGAACGAUUGCUUAAGUUAGCGGUCCCAAACCAUUUGAUAUGGUUGAUCUUCUUCUACUGGUUUUUCCACUCCACUCUGAAUUUUGUGGCUGAGCUGCUGCAGUUUGGGGACCGGGAGUUUUACAGAGACUGGUGGAACUCUGAGACUGUAACAUAUUUCUGGGCCAACUGGAACAUCCCAGUUCACAAGUGGUGCCUCAGACACUUUUAUAAGCCAAUUAUGAAGAAAGGAGUGAAUAAGUUUUUGGCUCAAACUGCAGUCUUUCUUUUGUCUGCUUUCUUCCAUGAGUACUUGGUAAGUAUCCCACUGAAGAUGUUCAGAUUAUGGGCCUUUAUGGGGAUGAUGGCUCAGGUUCCUCUUGCCUGGUUCGUGGGUCGUUACCUGAAUGGUAUCUAUGGAAACGCAGCUGUCUGGAUCUCGCUUAUCAUUGGUCAGCCCGUCGCAGUGCUGAUGUACGUUCAUGACUAUUAUGUCACUCACUAUGGAGGCCCCACAUGAUAAAGACCAAACACAUUAUCAACUACUGUAUCAGAAGUCCACAGCAAUGAAGUCUAAUGAACCUGCCGCACACUUUUGGGAGAAAAGUGUUAUUUGCACAUUGAAGGAUCACUUCUUAAUAGAAAGUGACUUGAUUGUACUUCGCCAGUAACUUUCAGUGGCCUGUUUCCUGCAUCUUUAAACAUGGGCCAAAUAAAAAAAUAUAUAUAUUGCUCCUUUCUUUACAAUUUAUACAACAUAAAUGCAAUCAUUUAAAAUACAUAUUUAUAUAGUAUUUAGUCAAAUGAGACUAUGCACUGCCACGGAACUAUAUUCACAUAGAAACCCAGUGUUUUGAAAGCCUUUUGGCCAACAUAAGAUGUCUCUUUUCUAUAUUAAAAUAGUAGACUGUAUUGUGUAAAUAAUACAUUUCAAGUGCAUCACUACUUUAGUAAUUAAGUAAAUAAAAUAUAAAAACUGCAAAUUGAGAUGCAGUAUUUGUAAAUAGAUGAUGAACAAACAGGCAGCCUCAUUCCUGUGCUCAUCAAAUGCAGCAUCAAUGCAAGCUUUGUAAGCUGGUGUAGCAAUCAUUGUAGAUCUUGGCUUUGUGUUUUUUUUUUUUUUUUUUUUUGCAUAAUAUUUCAGUUUUACAUUGUAUAUUAUGUGCCAUAAUAAGAAAGUUUGUGAUUUGUUUUUGCACUAUUCAUAUGCAGGCACUCACACAUUGUAAUGACCAGAAGGCAUUUAAAUUAUGAUUUACAAUCAAUAAGUUCUUGAAGUAAUAUUUUUGUAGACGUUUUUGAGAAUGUGUAUGUUAAUUUAAGUGAAGACAAAAGCUGUUUAGGAGGAAGGAGUCAUGUAGUUUUCUUUCAUGACAUUCAAGUGCUCUUGGAGUUGAUUAUAUUGUUUUCGUACUUAACUUGAAGUGCCUGCUGGAAAUAGUUUUUGAAUAAAUAUUGGACCAACAGAAACUACUAAGAGGCAGUGCAUGUAACUAGUACAAAUUUAAAUAAAUGGCAUAACAGGAAUACGGGGGAGUCUGCUGCUAUACCUUUACAAAAGCAUGCUUUUUUUUUUUUUUGGUUUUGCCUUUUUGAUAGUUUAAAUAAUGUAAGUUUAUUUGUACUAAUAAUAAUAGUAAUAAUGUCUCUUCCUAUGUACACAAAUACGAGGUAGAUUAUUUAUAUGAUUUGACAUUGUAUGGAAGUUUUGUUCAGUACUUCUGGUGCAUCUGCUCUGCAUAAAAUCCAAAGAUGUUUACUUAAUGAAAUAAAGUUAUAAUAACCAA